UGCUUUUGCUACCUGUUUUGAAAAUGUGUCAUAAUUUAUUUUAGUUGGGUUGUAUUUUUUUAUUUCUAAAGUAAACGCUUUCGCUUGUUAAGCAAUUUACAUAUUCAUGAGAUCCUCAUAUUGUCACUACAUGUACCCACGAUAUGACAUUGUAAAUGGCUUCAAGUUUAUUGAGAGUUGUAUUUGAAGAGGGAAGAAAAGAAAGUGGGGAUAGGAUGUUCAACAAGCCGGUUUUAAAGUUUCUCUUCUGACGUUUAUUCAGUUUUACUUUGCCAUUGGCUAAAUACUGUAUCAUUUUUGUGUCUCGACGUUUUGUUUUGCAUAUUUUUGUAUCCCUAUCUGAGUUAUUCUCAUGGCCAAGUUACAAGCAAUCUCGGCUCUAAGCCUACUUUUAAUAGGCUCCGUUUUGGAGGGUACAUUAGCACAAUGCAUCACCGACAAUGAUGCAGCAGGAGCUAUAGCACCUGACACAAAUGAGCUCAUGGUAAAGGGCAAGAUUUCUUUCGCAUUGGAUGCUUUGAAAGAAGCAGCUUUGAUUGAGUCUGAAGAUAAUCUUUUCUUCAGCCCUCAUAGUCUUUAUGAAGCUCUGACAUUAGCUUAUUUUGGAGCUCGUGGAACUACAGAAGAAUCUUUGAAACGAGCUCUUAGAAUACCUGAAAGUCUUUCUAAACGAGAUGUUUGGGGAAAUUAUAUAAUUGAAAAAUCUUUCAAACUGAUGAAUAUUUCAACUGAUUAUGAAUUCAACACGGCUAACCGUUUAUGGAUUAGUGAUAAGAAGAAGAUAAGGGAAUGUAUGUUAGACUUUUUUGGUAGCGAAUUACAGCAAAUGGAUUUUAAAGCCAACCCAGAAGGUGCUAGGAAUCAGAUUAAUGAAUGGGUUAGUAAUAUUACCAAAGGACACAUCCAGGAUCUUCUUGCAACAGAUGCUAUUGCUGAGGAUACUGACUUGGUACUUACAAAUGCUGUAUACUUCAAAGGACUUUGGGCUCAAAAAUUCGAUCCAGCCAGCUCUGCUAGAGCUAUUUUCUUCGGAUCUAAAGACUCAUUGGUUACGUUCAUGAACCAAAAAGGUUCUUUUAGUUUUACUGUGUCAGAAGACUUGGGAGCUCAUGUAAUUGAAUUGCCUUACAAAGGUAACACCAUUUCCAUGUUCGUAUUUCUACCUCCUUUUGUAACAAACAAAAUGCAGAGAGAUUUAACAGCUAACGAAAGAAAUAAGAACCGCAUAAACCAAUUAAUUGAAAGAAUGACAAACACAGAAAAAGGAAUUGAAGAACUUUAUGGAAUCUUACAACGAGGAAUGUUGGAAAGAGAAGUCAGACUAUCAAUUCCUAAAUUCAGUAUUGAAAAAGAGCUUCCAGUAACACAACUUUUCCAUGCUUUGGGAGCUGGAGAAAUUCUAACACCAGGACGAGCUGAUCUCCGAGGUUUUUUGAGUAGUGCUGAAGAUAAUUUGCAUCUUGGUGAUGCAGUUCAUCGAGCUAAAAUUGAUUUGACUGAAGAAGGAACGACAGCAUCAGGUGCUACAGCAAUUUUGAGCUUCCGUUCCAGCAGACCGACUGAACCUGUUACCUUUAAUGCUAAUCAUCCAUUUGUCUACCUCAUCUACGAUAAACAAUCACGAUCAAUUAUUUUCACUGGAAUUUAUCGUACACCAACAUCACCUGGGGCAGCUGCAUGAGUUCAAUAAAAAAUACAAAACUAUUUGAUAAAAUUAUAAUAGUAGUACAAGUUUUAGAUUUAUUUGAAUAAAUUGCUUAAAUUGUAAGGUUGAUUA